AUGAACGACUUGUACUUCAUUGGGAAUUACCCGGGACUGGUCUUCAUGUGUGACAACAAUUUUGGGGGAAUUGGCAACAUUCGCAACUUUAUCUUCACAUGUCGACAUUCAGUAGCCAACUUGGCAAACAUCUUCACCACUUCGCUUCAGCCCUUCGACUACUUCUUCGAUGAACAACACUUCCGUUAUGCUUUAGGAACGCAUUAUAUCCCAAACUCGCAGAACAAGACGGCGAUCAAGGAGUUCUACCCAAAGGAGUUGAACAAUCCGGACGGAGGCGAUACCCGAGGCAGGAACAGACAUCUGGACAUGUACAGAACGAAGUUCGACAGAUGGCUCAGCGGCACGAACCGUGCUCCGCGAGUAGAAAAGCCGUUUGCAGCUGCCUUUGGCGAUAUCUUGAGGAUGCGGAAGGAUAUUGCUGACCUCGCUGCUGUGGCAUUGACGGAGAUAUCCAAAUUUGCUGAUUUUGAUCACUCUGUGGAGGAGGUUCCAACGCUGAAAGCCCCCUAUCUUGGGGUGCACCUCCGCUCCGAAAGCGACGCUCUCGAUUUUUGGCUGGACUUCCAUUCACAAACUAGUGGAUACCUGGAAGCCGCGAAUAACACAAAUCUCAAGCAUGCAUAUCUUGCGUGUGGGAACGCUACCGAAAGCCACAGAUUCGCAGAGGAGGCCUGGAGUCAGCUCCACUUAAGCGUUGCCUCCAAGCUGGAUUUGUUGAAAGGGGACGAUCUCAAGAGGUUUCAGGCAUUGAGCUGGGAUCAGCAAGCUCUUAUUGAUUUCUUGGUGCUGAGUAAGAGCACGCAUUUCAUUGGGUGUUCGUUCUCGUCGCAGUGGCAGUCUCCUGGAGAUGCGUAUUCGACGCUCGUGGGGCGAUUUGGCAAGUGGUGGGGUGAUUGA